AGCAGCAUGGCGAUCACAACUCUUUGUGCUGUCGUUGCUGUUCUGAGAGUCCUUCCCAACAGAUCCCAGUUCUUCCAGUACGAGUCCAUCUCUCUGAGCUGUGAGCAGCAGGGAAACUCUUCUGACUGGAGAGUUAAGAGGAACACAACCACAAUCAUAAACCAAGAGCAUUCAACAUCCUGGAAUAGUAUAAAUGAGUCCUGUCGCUUCAUUGAUGACCUUUACCCAUUGGACACUGGAGUGUACUGGUGUGAGUCUUCAGCAGGAGAGUGCAGCAACACCGUCAACAUCUUUGUGACCGCUGGUUCAGUGAUCCUGGACAGUCCAGCCCUUCCUGUGAUGGAGGGAGACACUGUGACUCUGAGCUGCAGAACCAAGACGACUUCCUCCUCUAGUCUCACAGCUGACUUCUAUAAAGAUGGGCUUCUCAUCGCGAGCAGCUCUACAGGAAACAUGACCAUGCACAGUGUUUCUGUAUCUGAUGAAGGAUUCUAUAAGUGCAGCGUCUCUGGAUUUGGAGAAUCACCAGACAGCUGGCUGGCUGUCAGAGAAGCAAGGCGUCCUGAGCUGCCUGUCCACAUCCUCACACACAUUGAACUUCCUGUGGUGGGCGCCUGCCUCUCGCUGGUCUGUGUGACACUGCUCUGCCUUUGGAGGAGCAGCAAAGGUAAAACUGAUACUUCAGUUGUAUUGUACGUUGAUGUCACCAGCAUGCAGAGGUGCAAGCACAAAGGGGAGCCACUGAGGAAGGACUCCUCGAUGCUCUUCUCUGUCGCAGUAUACAGACCUUACCCUGUUAGGCGUAAAUACACACCAAGCCCUGUGUGGAGUUACAAAGCCUGAGACUGGACCACUGAUCAAGAGGAGCCAGGAGACUCAGCAGCCUGUUUGACCUCUGAGACACUUUAAUUGUUUUAAUCAAGAGGCACAAUCCCUGAUCAGCAUGCACUGAC